ACCAACGUCACACCUGCUAUCUACGCACCCACUCUUGCAUUAACUCGACAGUCAGGCAACCAGCCUGGCCAACUGGCAUUAACACAGCUAAUAGAGCAUCAACACGGCUACAUUUCUUCACAAGAUUUCAGGGCUUUGCAAUGGCAACCUUGUUGUUUGCUGGAAGGUAAGAAACAGUAAAAGCAACAAAGAUGAAUGGUGUGCAAAGUGUUCACACAGACAGUAACUCUCUGCUCAAAGCAGUCUAUUUGGGUCGUCUCCGCUUGACACGCCUCCUUCUAGAGGGCGGAGCUUACAUAAAUGAGAGCAAUGAGCAUGGAGAGACACCCCUGAUGAUUUCCUGUAAAAGCAGAUACUCUGAUACCCAGGGGGUUCCAAAGGCAAAGAUGGUGGGAUAUCUUCUGGAGAGCGGUGCUGAUCCAAACAUUCAGGACAAAAGUGGCAAGACUGCUCUGAUGCAUGCCUGCUUUGAGCAAGCAGGACCUGAAGUUGUGUCCCUACUCCUGGAUAGUGGGGCAGAUCCCUGUCUAAAGGACCAUGUAGGCUCCUCUGCUUUGAUCCAUGCCAUUAAUUCCAGUGAUGAAGAAACAUUGAAGCUGCUAAUGGAUGCUUUUAAGGCCAAAGGUAAAGAAAUCAUCAUCAUCACCACAGACAGACUUGUCUGCGGAAGGCAGGUAGCCAAAGAGUAUCUGAAAAUUCCUUCGCUAAACCAGUGGGAUAAUUCUAAUUCCUCCUCGAUACCAUGUGCUUCUCCUUCUGAGAUUCACCUCAGCACAUCACCCCAGGAGACACUUUCCUCCAGUCUCUCUGAGCAAAUGUUCUCUUUCCAGGACUUGCAGACCAUGAAUAGCUCUCAGACAAUCACUCCCUCUCACCAGCCACCUUUGGUAAACAGGAGACUGAACAAGCUCCACCAUCUGCAGAGACUACACUCAGAACCAUGGCUGAAGAUCCCACAAUCCUUUCUAUCACAACAGCAUGCCAAAGGUAACUCUCAAAUGGAAGAACUACCUGACUUAACACCUGAAGAAGAACUUGCUUUCAGCAUUGACAGACAGAUGACUUUUGACCCUCAGGUCAGCACUGACCACAAAGAAGCAACUAGCCAGUCUCAGCUUCAAGAAAACAACACAAGCAAUCAUGGAAACCUAAAAGCAGAGGGAGCACUGCCUCACAACAUGUCCUUCAAUGGUUUAUCUUCAUUGUACUCUCUCUCCCACCCAGAUCUUCACUCCAAAAGCAGUGAAUUUUUAUUAUCAGAGAACGACUCAGAAAAGUUACUCCCUAACCUGGCAGUGUCCAGUCUCAUCAACAUCAUCCAGCGUCGGAAGCUUGGAAUGGAUCAUUACAGCUCUGAUUCACAGCUUUCAGUGUCAGGCAACUCCCCAGCAGAAGGUAAAAAACAGCUUGACAACCGGCAACUACUGACUUCACGAUCAUCCACUUUGAUAAGCUCGCAAGAGUCCACUGAGAGCACUUUAUUGGGAAAUUUACACAAGAAGCACCCAACCAGUCUAGAGAGGAGAGGAUCAGGGGCUCUUCUCACAGAUCUACCUUUCAAUCAUCGACCAGGUUUUCUACCACCACUGAACCAUCACGCUUCAAUCUCACAAACCUCUGGAGCAAGCAGCUUCAGUUCUAUCUGCUCCAGCAACAAGCCAACAUGUGGUUUGGUGACAGGGAUGAAGCAGUAUCUCCCUUCAGCUCCUGCUGGCUUACCAAAGGAUCUCAAGAGCAGAAGAAUGCUGCUGAGAAGGCACUCCAUGCAGCCUGAACAAAUCAAACAGCUAGGCGACUUUAAAGAGAUCUUUGGUUAAUGACGAUGGAAAUGCAGUGUAUUGGGUAAAUAGACAUGAAUAUAUGACAACAUGCUAAACAUCCACCAUUUGAAAAAUAAACUGGAGUAUGUGUGGAAGUUAGUUUGCAGGAUAUCCACAUCCACCACACAUUUAACCUAAUUUAAUUUACAUAAGUUAGAUCAUUUCAUUUUUCAUUUUCACUACUCAAAAGUGAAAUUAUGUCUAUAUAAUCCCUGUAUGUUAAAUGUCUGUAAAACAUAUGUUUUAUGAAAAUUACUCAGUAUAGUAUAGUUUUCCUGUGUACAUAUUAAUUAAUAUACCACUCAGGGUAAAUUCAAGUUUAAACCUUGGAUAAAGUGGGGCUAAGGUUCACUAACCAUACAUAACAAAACAGCUGCCAGCUAACACUAACUGGGUUUUGUGAAUCAAAUAUAUUUGCUCUUUAAUUCUAAUUUUAUAUAUAUAUAUAAACAAAUAUAAACAUUGAUAAAAAACAAAUUUAUUUUAUUUCUUAUAGGACUCAAGUUCAUAUGUAAGGCAUAACAGAACGGCACAAUCAUCAAACAAAACAUGACAAUAAAGAAAAUGAGGAAAUAAUCCCUGUUCAAAAGUUUGCAUACCUUUAAUUCUUAAUAUCAUGUAUUACCCCCUUUACAACAAUGAUGGCAUGCAGUGUUUUGUAAUAAUGAGGUCCUUAAUUCUCUCAGGCGGUAUAGCUGCCCACUCUUCUUGGCAAAAUAUCUCCAGUACCUGUAAAAAAAAUUUUUUUUACAGAUAUUGAGGUCAGGAGACUGUGAUGGCCACUCCAGAACCUUCAUCUUUUUUGCUGUAGCCAUUGGAGAGUCAACUUGGCCUUGUGCUUUGGAUCAUUGUCAUGUUGGUACAUCAAAGAGUGUCCCAUGCGCAGAUUUCGUGCUGUAGAAUACUAAGCCAUGGUCAGGU